AUGCCCAUCGCCAACGGUGACUCGCUCGGCCGCGCCAUGAAGGCAGAGAUCCAGGAUUACACCAAGGCCCUGGAGGUCCUGGAAAAGGAAUACACUACCAGAGACGGCCUUGAUGUUGAUACCCUUCUUGAUUCGGACAAGCACGGAGCAUUGACUUACAAUGAUUUCCUGAUCCUGCCUGGUUAUAUCGGCUUCCCUGCUUCCGAUGUUACUCUUGAUACUCCCGUCACCAAGCGUGUCUCGCUGAAGGUUCCUCUUCUCUCCUCUCCCAUGGACACUGUUACCGAGCACAACAUGGCUAUCCACAUGGCUCUUCUGGGUGGUCUGGGUGUCAUUCACCACAACUGUUCCCCCGAAGAUCAGGCCGAGAUGGUCAGAAAGGUCAAGAGGUACGAGAACGGCUUUAUUUUGGACCCUGUGGUUCUCUCCCCCAAGGCCACCGUUGGAGAGGCCAAGGAGCUCAAGGCAAAAUGGGGCUUCGGAGGCUUCCCCGUCACUGAAAACGGAACUCUCCGCUCCAAGCUCGUCGGUAUGGUCACAUCCAGAGAUAUCCAAUUCCACACCAACCUCAAUGACCCGGUCACCGCAAUCAUGUCUACCGACCUUGUCACCGCACCUGCCGGCACCACUCUGGCCGAGGCCAACAACGUUCUUCGUAGCUCCAAGAAGGGAAAGCUUCCCAUCGUUGACGCAAACGGAAACCUUGUCUCUUUGCUGUCUCGCAGUGAUCUGAUGAAGAACCUCCACUACCCAUUGGCGUCUAAGCUACCCGACUCGAAACAGCUGAUCUGUGCUGCUGCUAUUGGUACUCGUGAGGAGGAUAAGCACAGACUCAAGCUUCUUGUCGAGGCUGGUCUUGAUAUUGUCAUCCUGGACAGCAGCCAGGGUAACAGCAUCUACCAAAUCGAGAUGAUCAAGUGGGUGAAGAAGACAUUCCCUGAAAUUGACGUUAUCGCCGGUAACGUCGUCACUCGGGAACAAGCCGCAGCUCUGAUUGCAGCUGGUGCCGAUGGCCUGAGAAUUGGCAUGGGCAGCGGCAGUGCCUGUAUUACCCAGGAAGUCAUGGCUGUCGGUCGUCCCCAGGCCGUUGCCGUUCGCAGCGUCUCUUCCUUUGCUGCCCGCUUCGGAGUUCCUUGCAUCGCCGACGGUGGUAUUCAGAACGUUGGCCACAUCGUCAAGGGUCUCGCCAUGGGUGCCUCGACCGUCAUGAUGGGAGGUCUCCUGGCCGGUACCACCGAGUCUCCCGGUGAAUACUUCGUGAGCAACGAAGGCCAGCUUGUCAAGGCCUACCGUGGCAUGGGAAGUAUCGCUGCCAUGGAGGACAAGAAGGCCGGUGCUGGUGGCAAGGAUAGCAAGGCCAGCAACGCUGGUACUGCUCGUUACUUCUCCGAGAAGGACCGUGUGCUUGUCGCUCAGGGUGUCGCUGGUUCCGUUCUCGACCGUGGUUCGGUCACCAAGUUUGUCCCUUACCUUGUUGCGGGUGUCCAGCACUCUCUGCAAGACAUUGGUGUCAAGAGCCUUGACGAGCUCCACGACGGUGUCAACAAGGGCACUGUUCGUUUCGAGAUGAGAAGCGCUAGUGCCAUGGCCGAAGGUAACGUACACGGUCUGCACAGCUACGACAAGAAGCUCUACUCGUAA